CCACAAAACAUUGAAAUGCAACCGAAUCAAGAACUCAUCCGAACCAUAGCCAACCGCUACGCCGCGAACCUCACCCUCUGCUUCCCUCUCCGACGAACGUCUCUCCAACUCGCACGUGCCAUCCACGCCAACUUCAUCACCUUCGGAUUCCAGCCACGCGCCCACAUCCUCAACCGUCUGAUCGAUGUCUACUGCAAAUCUUCUGAGCUCCGUUACGCGCGCCACCUGUUCGACGAAAUCCCCGAACCGGAUAAAAUCGCCAGAACCACCAUGGUCUCCGGCUACUGCGACUCCGGUGACAUCUCCCUCGCUCGCUCCGUCUUCGAGGAGACUCCAUUGUCUAUGCGAGAUACUAUAAUGUACAACGCGAUGAUCACCGGCUUCGCGCACAGCCACGACGGGUGCUCCGCCGUGAACAUGUUUCGCGAGAUGAGGCGCGAAGGGUUCAGACCGGAUAACUUCACUUUCGCGAGUGUUCUUGCUGGUUUGGCGCAUGUUGUCGAAGAGGAGAAAGAGUGUGUGCAGUUUCAUGCCGCAGCUAUAAAGUCCGGAGCUGGGAGUAUCACUUCUGUUAUGAACGCUCUGGUCUCUUUGUAUUCAAAGUGUGAUCUUUUAAACUCGGCGAGGAGAGUGUUUGAUGAGAUCACUGAGAAAGAUGAGAGGUCGUGGACGAGUAUGAUGACUGGUUAUGUAAAGAAGGGUUUUUUCGAUUCAGGACUAGAGUUGCUUGAACACAUGGACGAGGGGAUGAAGCUGGUUGCUUAUAACGCUUUGAUCUCUGGUUAUGUUCAUAGAGGGUUGCAUCAAGAGGCGUUGGAGAUGGUUAGAAGGAUGGUUUCAAACGGAAUUGAGCUUGAUGCGUUUACUUAUCCUAGCGUGAUAAGGGCGUGUGCCACUUCCGGAUUGCUUCAGGUGGGGAAGCAAGUCCAUGCCUAUGCGUUGAGAAGGGGGGAUUUCUCGUUUCAUCUCGACAACUCUUUGGUUUCGUUGUACUAUAAAUGUAAUAAGUUUGUCGAGGCGAGGGCCAUUUUCGAUCAAAUGCCGGCGAAAGACUUGGUUUCUUGGAACGCUUUGUUAUCGGGUUACGUUAGCUCUGGACACAUAGGCGAGGCGAAGAUGCUUUUCAAGGAGAUGGAAGAGAAGAACAUCUUGACGUGGAUGAUAAUGAUCUCGGGGUUAGCGGACAAUGGGUUUGGAGAAGAAGGUUUGAGGCUGUUCUCUUGUAUGAGGAAAGAAGGUUUCGAGCCUUGCGAUUUCGCCUUCUCGGGGGUGAUCAAGUCGUGCGCUGUUCUUGGAGCUUAUUGCAACGGGCAGCAGUUCCACGCUCAGCUGGUUAAGAUUGGGUUUGACUCGAGCCUCUCUGCUGCAAACGCGCUUAUUACAAUGUACGCGAAAUGCGGGGUUGUGGAGGAAGCUCGGCGGGUGUUUAUAACUAUGCCGUGUCAGGACUCGGUUUCUUGGAAUGCCUUGAUUGCUGCACUGGGACAGCAUGGACACGGUGCUGAAGCGGUGGGUGUGUAUGAGGAGAUGUUGAAGGAAGGGAUAAAGCCUGAUAGGAUUACGUUUCUUACGGUUUUGACAGCGUGUAGCCACGCUGGUUUAGUAGACAAGGGACGUGAAUAUUUUGAUUCGAUGGAGACUGUUUACUGUAUACCUCCAGGUGCAGAUCAUUACUCGAGGCUGAUAGAUUUGCUAUGUCGGUCUGGGAGAUUCUCCGAAGCGGAGAGUGUAAUCAAAUCGUUACCUUUUGAGCCUACUGCACAGAUAUGGGAAGCUCUUCUCUCGGGUUGUAGAGUCUAUGGAAACAUGGAGCUAGGGAUCAUAGCUGCGGAGAAACUCUUUGAACUCAUACCGGAACAUGACGGGACCUACAUGCUCUUAUCGAACAUGUACGCAGCUACUGGCAAAUGGGAGGAAGCGGCGAGGGUGCGUAAACUAAUGCGGGAUCGAGGAGUUAAAAAGGAACUGGCUUGUAGCUGGAUUGAGGUGGAGACGCAGGUGCAUAAAUUUCUGGUGGAUGAUACCUCACAUCCAGAGGCAGAAGCUGUUUACAAUUAUCUUAAAGAGCUGGGGAAAGAGAUGAGGAGAUUCGGGUACGUACCGGACACGAACUUUGUGUUGCACGACGUGGAGUCUGAUGGUCACAAGCAAGAUAUGUUGAUUACUCACAGCGAGAAGAUUGCGGUUGCGUUUGGGUUGAUGAAACUUCCUCCGGGACGAGCGAUUAGGGUGUUCAAGAACUUGAGGACUUGUGGUGAUUGUCAUAACUUCUUUGUGUACUUGUCGCGUGUGGUGCAGCGUGACAUUGUCUUGAGAGACAGAAAGAGGUUUCAUCAUUUCCGGAACGGUGAGUGCUCUUGCGGUAACUUCUGGUAGGCAAGGGCUUGCUUUUGUUACCAAUUUAUUUAGACUUCAUUCUUACAUUUUUGUUCAUCGUUAUAAAUUCUUACAUCUGAAGAAAAUUGGGAAGAAUCUGUUGCCCUACGCCUCUAAAUUCUAUCUUUGUUGUUCAAAGAACACGUUUCCAGCUGGGACAGUUUUGUCUUUUUGGACAUUCGGACUAGGUGGUCUAUUAACACAUCAUAAGAGCAUAUAGCUCGACUGUGUCGUUGUUUCUCUAUUCAUAUCAAACUUCUGAUUUUUCAUUUUUUUUUUUCAUGGAUAGCUUCCACUUGCAUGUAAAGAUCACGAAAGACUAUCUUA